AUUACAUGCAACAAGUCACCAAAAAUAAAAAGUCAUUCCAUUUUUUUUUUCAAGGGGGAUAAUUCAAUCCUCCACUCGGAGGUUAAUGUCCAUCGGGAUUCAUUUCCGUUAUCACGCACCGAGCUUUAUCAAAUAAAUCCGGCUUAUCCUGAUGUUUCGUGGUAAUGAUUUUCUGAGUAUAAAUUGGAAGAAGAAUCGCCUUUUCCUUUUUUUUUUAAUUUACAUUUAGUAUCAUCUUCAUUAGUUACUCUCUAGAGUUUAAAACUUAUACAUACAACUAACUUAAAUCAACAAAUAAUGUGUAACGCUGCUAUCUGUGCUAUCUGCAACAAAAAGUCAUGGACUGGAUGUGGUCAACAUAUCCCAGAAAUUAUGGAUCGUACUCCAAAGGAAUCAUGGUGUACCUGUGAACCAAAUGAUGGUGCAGAAAAGGUGACUGUUGAAGGCCAUGGUUCUUAUCCACCAAGGGCUACUACUGGUUGUAGAAGAGGAAGUACAACCUAUGUCCCAAUUUUAAGAGAUUAUUCUGUCGAAAGCCACUAGAUAAUUUAGGAAACUACAAGGUUAGAGGAGGAGGGGAAAGGAGAUGAAUUUAGUAAUGACAAAUACUAAUACAAUUUAUUUAAUGACGAUUUAAUGAUUUCAAUUUGAACAAGGGAUUAGAAGGUUAAGUUUGGUUUGACUAGAUGUUGUAACUUUGACUUACCUUUUUUUUUAUAUUUAUAUAGAUAUAGGUUACCAUUUAUAUAUAGUGACUUUUUACACUAUAAUAAAAUACUAGG